AUGAACCACCAAGAUCAGUCACGCUCAAAUGAAAUCAAUUCAUGUCGUCCUAUUCCACCGCGACCAGCAAUAAUUACAAGAAUCAUUCCUUCAUCAAUACUACGUCCAAUAGUACCACACGAAAGUCAAAUACGAGUUUGUUCAGUGAAAGUGACAAUGGCAAAUGAAAGUGUCGGCCAAAGAACGCAAUAUCUAGAAACAAUGCCUCACAUACCACAGCAACAGCAAAGAUCUUUUAUUAAUUCAUCAACAGUGCAUCAAAUACGCUUUGCUAAUCAUCAGCCUGUUUCAACCACUGAACCGCACGGAAAUAGUGUGAAUCUUCGAAAUAGUGCACUGCAUCUAGUUAACAACGUCGUCGGUGAUGAUGAUAUCUGUGCAAUAGAUCAAGUUUUGUCCAUCCAUGAUCAGCAAUCACCAUCGUUAUCUCCAACUAUUAAUACUGAUAAAGCAAAUGUACAAACAAAUAAUGAGAAAACUCCUUUCUCUGCAUUUCUUAUUGAUAACUGUGAUGAAGAAGAACCUCCUAAACGUUUACCUCCACUUCAGUUUCCUCUAUCAGAUUGUUCAAUAGCCAACAAAGCAGUGCAAUCGUCUGAUGAUAGUAACGAGAAUGAGCAAUGUGGUUCAUUAAUGAAUGAGUUUGAUACUGCUGACGCUGAACAAGAACAAAUACUCCACCGACGAAAAGAAUUUUACCAACGAUUAAGAAAACAAAUCAAACUUGUUAAAAAGUCAAAAGGUACAGCGUGCGAAUCACAAAGUGACCAAAAUCGAAUCAAAUCAACUAAUUCAGAUAUCAAGAGACUUCCACAAUCGACUGUUACAUUAAAGAAGACAGCAACAAUCGGCACGAUGACGGAUGAUUAUGAAACAAACGAAAUUAAUACAAUUAUAGAGCAACUCAAGAAUCAACAAUUAGAAUUAAACCAAUUACGAAAAUCUCUCAUAAGAAUGUUGAAUGCAAAACAAAGUGACAACGUAAAUAGUAACCACGAUCAUCUUUUGAAAUUACUCGAUCAACCAAUGCUUUCGGGGUGUUGGUUAUGCUCAGGCAAAUCGUAUACUGAGGUUGCUGCACAAUGCAAUAGUACUGAAUCGUAA